AUGUAUCACAUUCGCAUAGCUAAGCUGAAUAAGUACAUAUCUUUGGCUUCCAAACUUUUUAUUUACAAUAUUAUUGUUAGUGGAUUCAGAACAAAAUCUCCAUUAUUUAAUUCAUUUGUUUCACCAUUUAAGGACGGCAGUGAGCAUUCGCUUCUUCUUCCUGGUUGUAGUUCUGAUGAAACAACUUCGGUAUUUUGUGUAGUUGGGAACAGAGAUCACACACUUUUUGCAGCUAUUACUUCUUCCUCCAUAUACAUCUUCCUGUCGGAUACGCAGCUCCUUGCUUGUGUUUUUCGGCGUUCAGUGACAGAUGUAGAGGAGAAAGGCGAGUACCGCUUUCUAUAUUGGCGACAAGAUUCUUCUGCUCUAUGUGUGACAGUAAGUGACUGUUUUUUAGCGUUACCUGAUGUUUAUUACGUCAGAGGUAAUAUCUUGAAGAAUAUCAUGGAUUUUGAGCUUAAAAAAUAUUUUUCAAUUCGAUUUCUUACGAAAUUCCAGACGUCAAAAAAUUAUUUGCUAAUUUAUCGGAUUGAACCGUCUGAAAAGCAGUGCUACAACCUAAUAGAACCAAAAGAUGAAGAACUACGCAGAACGUCACAGGAACUGUUUAUUAAAGCCAAACGUCCAAAAAUUCAGAUUGCUUUGGCUGUUGUUGCGAGACUUAACAGCGUGGCAACAUGUGUGGUCGCUCUGAGGGAAGAAAUAUUCAUCUGCCUCCAGAACGGAUGGCUUCACCGUAUCCGUUGGGAUGGGAAUACGGAUGAUGAAAAUUCAUUUUUCUUGUCAGAAGUUGCUUUUGCUUCGGACCAGCUGCAGUCUAAAGGCAUAGUUUUUGUUUAUGGAAACUCUUGUUUCAAGUCGGAGUAUAUAGCUGACCGUUCAGUAUUUGUGGUCGACAUAGUUUAUGCGCCUUUGGUCGGUGGCUUUUGCUCUGUUUUGUCCGAUGGGCGAGCUGCCUUACUAACAUCUCCAAGCUCACGUUUUCAUCCACAGCAAAUAUUGGGUGUUUGGGCUACCCAGUUAAAAGACGCAGUGUGUACCGCGGCUAACCACAAGUUUAGAACCAUUAUUUUUGGCUGUCGUAGUGGUGAAAUUGCUGCAUAUCAUCUUGACGAUGUAAAUGGAGCACUCGUCUGUGCAUAUAGGAUUUCAUUACGUGUAAAGGAUGGCUCAGAGUUAAUCAGUCGUUUGGGUCUGGUGAGUCAUAUAGAAUGUUCACCGCAUGGUUCUGCUUAUGCUGCUGUGUGGUCAUUAGCCGAAACUAAUAAUGCGGGAAAUCCCCGCCCACUUGCACCUAUCCUCGCUAUUUUUACCUCGUUCGGUGCUCAGUUGUGGUGUUCGCUUGAGUCAUCUACUGACCGAGAAGUCAGCGUGCAGACUGUUUACAAUUGGGUGGAUUGGGGACCAGAAGGAUUCAGCUUGUGGUUAGGAUCGGAUCGCGGACUUUCUGUUUUACCAAUAUCUCGAUCAAUUGCUGUGUCUAAUCCAAACAUGGAACACUAUGAUAGAAUUGUAUUUGUUUCGUCCAAUAGGAUUUACUUGAGUCCAGAGAAAGAUAAAGAGCAGUCGGCAAGUGCUCCACAUAGUGUCUGGAGAACUUUCACCGUUCCAAACGAUUACCUGUCGUCGAAUUGGCCUUUACGGAUAGUGGCAAUUGAUCGUGAAAGCAAUCAGUGGCUUAUAGUUGCUGGUACUAGAGGUUUCACGCACUGCAAUAUGGUGACGGAAAGGUGGAGGUUAUUUGGAAAUGAGAGCCAGGUGAUUUCUUUGUUGAUUGAGAAAGACAUGUUAGUAACAGGAGGACUUGCUAUUUGGAACGGAUUUGCAGUAGUUUCUUGCUACGACAUUAAACGGGAUAAGGAGGAACUGAGAUUUUAUCCUUUCGCAUACUACAUAGGACGCACUAAUAUAAAUUUGGUUUACAGCGAAGAUAAAAUAGUCACUUUUGAUAUGGACGAAAGAAUUUUUAUUUAUGGUUUAUCUGUGAAGGAGAGAAGCAAAGGAGCCAGAUCAGUUCUUGUCGAAAGGCAUCUGCGUUAUUACUCACAGUGUGCCGAAAUACGAGUUUCUGAUCUUGUUCCGCAUUCAGUUUGUGUUAUUUCUGUACAGCUAACAUCUCUUGGUCACGAUUCCUCCACUGUUAAAUUCUGCUCUAAUAUCGACACUGUGCUUAUCAACGUUUCUGGAAAACUUAUAAUGCUGAAUCCAGUAAAAAGUGAGUCAGUCUCUGGUAAUUCGUCUUCGGAUGAGGAUGAAGAUCGUUUUCAGCUCAGCCAACCGAUGCUGGUUGCCUCUUACGUCGAGCAUAUGUGGCAUGAUGUCGCAGAAAACCAAGAAUCUUUAACAUUUACGAAACCUCAUCUUGCUCAAGCAUUAUGGCUAAACUGUGGCGCGAAAGGAAUGAAAGUUUGGAUGCCUUUAUUCCUGAGUGCUCAGAGGCGGAAUAGCAGUGGAACGGCGGAGUCAAGUAGAUCUUUUAUUAGCAAGCGUAUAAUGCUUCCUUUUGAUCUUGAUAUUUACCCACUCGGCAAUCGAGAUUGCCUAGCACUGGGAGCCGAGAGCUCUCCAUCCUUUCUUAGUUCGAAGUCUUCAAAUAACUGCAGUGCAGCUUUUUCACUUUACAGUGUUUUUCUCCAUCAUCUUCUUCGACAGUUGUUAAAACGCAACCUUGGAGUCUAUGCACUUGAAAUCGCUGGUACCUGCAUUCAUUUGCCCUAUUUUGGUCAUGUUCUAGAAUUACUCCUACAUAGCGUUCUUGAGGAGGAGGCAACUUCUUCGGAACCUAUACCAGAUCCUUUGUUACCGCGAGUUGUUGCAUUCAUACAGGAGUUCCCCAAUUUCUUGCAAACAGUAGCGCACUGUGCGCGGAAAACGGAACUUUCUUUGUGGCGUUCUUUAUUCAACGUGACCAAACAUCCGCGAGAGCUGUUCGAAAUGUGCAUCAACGAUGGACAGCUUGAAACAGCUGCUAGUUUUCUUAUUGUCCUUCAAAAUAUGGAGAAUGCCAUCGCUAGUAGGGAGCAUGCCGGAUAUCUUCUUGAAGAAGCGCUAAAGAAAAGGCGUUGGCUUAUUGCUAGAGACAUUGUUCGGUUCCUACGUGCUAUUGCACCCACAGAAAUUGAUAGCUCGCCUAGACCAGAAACUUUUAACAAACCAUCUCAAAAUGUUAGCGGCGGAAGGUUGCCAACUCAUGUGUCUCCGAAAGAUCCUGAAGAAACAGAUUCGUUUGUUUUUGGAGCAUUUUCACCAGGAAUGAUAACACGCCCGCGUCAUUCACACAGUGAGUGUGGAACAGGAGGAUCUAUUAGUCGCAAGGACUCUACGGGUCCCAGUGCAAAAAAGUUGUCGAAAGCUACGUCUUCUGAGUCACCUCUGCCUCCUCUCGCUAGUUUUGAUUCGAUGCAUGUUUACCUCGAAGAAAUUCUCAAAAAACAUGCAGUGUACCUUUUGGAAGACUACAGCAUCAGAGAUCUUGGUGCAUUUGCUGCUUAUCUUGACUUCGACCUGGUGUCCUGGUUGUCUAACUAUCGUUCAUCUAGCGAAGUUUUAAAAGAUUUUGGUCAAGCUUUAGUGCGACUGCAUGCACAGUUUAAUUGGCCAUAUCCUUUAGCAAGUCAGUCUGUUGUAAAGCAACUUACGAAACGGAUCGAGGAAAUGAGGACUUCGCAAAGUUGUGCCUCGCUUGCUAGCUUACCAUGUGAUCCCUUUAGAUUUUCUGAUAAAGCCAAUUAUCUGUUCCCUGUGUUUUUUAAAUCUUCAACUUAUGGAAGUAUCAGUGUUUCAUCGAAAAAUGAUUUGCGAUUAAGUGUCGUAGACGAAAUGAAACCUUUUGAGGCUGGUGAUUCACUGCAGUCUCCAACUUCAUCGCUCUCCAAAGAUCUUACACCAUCAAGCGAACAUGAAGACUCUGAAGGUUUGGGACAGAAACAAUUGUCACCAAGCUCUGCCUCAACUGUUUCGAACGAGGAUAGUGAUUGGGAAGGUUUAGAACGUAUAUGUGGUGAAGCGGCUGCUAGGGGUUCCCAGGAGAAUGAACGGGAAAUGAAGUUUCUUUUAGAUGUAAUGCAUCAAGCUCGUUGCGCUGAAUGGGCAUUUAUGCUUUCUCUCGUUUUACGUGAUAUGAAUUACCUUUACAACAAAAUGACUGUAUCUUUCUUACGCGAAUGUGGCCCAAACAUUAUGGAGAAAUUGAAGGAGGGUGUGUCGCAACUUGAGCAAUGGGCUAACGCUAACUGUUUUGGGUAUCGAACCCUGAUAUUUGCUUUUGACAAACACUUGCAAAUGGUGGCGUCUGUGGCGGGUGUUUCUGUGCCCAAUAAAGAAAUCGACAAAUUGAGGAAAGAUUCACUGCAAAAAAAGAAGUCAGCAGAGACUGCUAAGGAAAAGAUCCCUAAUGGUUAUUCAGCAGUAAAACCAAAAACUAGUUCUUCUUUAAUACCUAAUGGCACUGUUACUUUGAGUAACCCUUCUAGUGGUGACACUGGGGACACUACUUACGCCUCGCAGAAACGGAAGAUUGUUCGGCCGCACGCAGGUUCUAUACUGGAGAGUUCGUUUUCUCCUCCGGAAGAGAGCAGCAAUUUAAAUUACGACGAAGUUGGAAAAUACGUUAGGAGUGUCCGCCCUGACCUAGAAAUAGUCAGCCACGUUAACAUUGACGAUAAUGGUCAGUGUUCGGUCAUGUAA